AUGCUUGCUGUGUUGGUUGUGGCGGAGGAGGAGGAGGAGGAAGGAGAAGGAAGAGAAAGAUGUGGUUGUGAUGAUGAUGAUGAUGAUGACGACGACGAUGAGGAUGAUGAUGGUGAUGCUUAUGGUGAUGGUGAUGGUGGUGGUGUAGAAAAAGAAGACGAAGAAGAAGAGGAAGAAGAAGGAGGAAGGAAUACAACGAUGACGGCGUCGUCAUCGUCGAUUAAGACAGAAAAAGGGAUAAAUUCGUGUAAUAAAACAGCUUACUUGGCCCUUUCUUGCUCAAGGUUUGCAGCUAUAUUCUCCAUUUCUGCGAUGAGAUUGUCUUCGCGCAUUUUGGCCAUAUUCUCGCGUGCCUCCAAGCGACUGUCGUUCUCCAUGGUCUUGGAUUGCAGCUAA